CGUAUUUUAUAAGGAAGCCGCCUGGUAAUCGUUCUCUUGCACAUAAAUCAUCAUGUUGGUCACAAAGCUUCUGGGUUUAAUAAUUUUAGUAGCUGAUGUUUUGGGAGACGUUCUUCCUGUGAUCAGAGAUCGCAGACAAGUUGUUGCUUGCAGCGAAAGGCAAACUUAUGGAGAAAGAAGACGCUGUGCGGUCAAAGACGGCGUUAAGCAGUUGUUACAGAAAAGAAAUGAAGAUUGGUCCUGGGGAGAACGUGUAGAAGCUGAAGCAAUAAUUGCACUUCACUUAGCAAAGUACAAAGUAUUCAAAAAGACAAAGGCAUCUUUAUACAUCAGUGUAAAACAGAUGAAUAUAGAUCUGUUAUCCGCUUUAUCCAAAAACAAUUCUUUGACCAGUAAGGAGUGGGGGCGUGGCAAGCUUGCAUAUUAUGUAUUAGGAGUAAAAGCUACUUGUCAGGAUCCAAGAGAUUUUUAUGGCCAUGACCUGAUAGACAAACUCAAGAACCAUCUAAUAGUGUCAUCUAGCUACCUUGACAGUAAUAAAUUUGCCUAUUCGUUGAUUCUUAUAGCUUUGUGUAAAGCUGGCGAACCUAUUGAUACUCACAAUUUAAAUGAUAUCUCAACAACCCCAGGAUAUUACACAUUUGGUGUUGAUGAAGCUUCUUUAGUUUACAUGGCCUAUCAUUGUAUUGGUAAUCCAACAUACAAGAAAGCAGAAGACGCAGCGUUCAAUUUUAUUCUCAAAGCAAAGAAUAAAAAUGGAACCUUUGGCAAUGAGUACUCAACUGCCCUAGCUGUGCAGGCAAUAUUUGCAAGUGGAAAAAGAACAUUAAGACGCCAGACUAGGACUGGAAUAGACUACAUGGUUGAUUCAAUAGACAGAAACAAUAAUCCCUUCACAUCUCUACUGCUAUCAGUGUUGCCAGCGAUAGCAAGAAAAUCUCUUCUAGAUAUUGGAUCAUGGCAAUGUACGAGACCAGAACAAGGAACAACAACUCCUUCGACGCCAACCUUUCUUGUAGGAAUAACUGUAUUCAAUAACAUAACCGCAAUAGAUUACGAUCGCACAUGGUCAGCUACUCUCCGACAAGGACAAACUUUGUAUGAUGCUCUUGUUUAUCUAAACAAUACAGAUUCGACAUUUAGUUUCAAAAGUGAAACUACAACAUGGGGUCAAUAUAUCACUUCAAUCAAUGACAUGACAGCGUCAACUGAUGACAGACAGUACUGGCAAAUAUUAGGAACCGACGGCAGUCCUUUACAGUAUGGAGCAAGCCAAACAUUUCCGAGCCAGGGUGAUAAAUACACCUUUAAAUUUACCAUAUGGUGAAAAAUAUAUAUGUGAUAGAAUUGCUCUCCAUGCAUUUUCAGUCACAACUGUUAAGUUGGUGUUGUCAAAAAUGAAUGAUGGGUCUUUAUUUGGAUGCUUUUAUACUUUCCUAAUAAAUGAUGCAACAAUUAA